AUGACCGCACCGUCGCUUCGGACGGCCGUCAAUAGCAACAGCAGCAGCAGCAGCAGCAGCCUCACGUCGUCGUCCACGUCGUCGUCCACGUCGUCGUCUAGUCACGUCUUUGGUAGCACAGCCACCUGCACGGACCUGUACACGGAGCAAGUGAUGAUCCCCCGCGUCGCCCUCGUCGCUGUCCUCACGGGCCUCUUCGUGCUCACUCUGCUGUGCCGCUGCGGCUGCGGCAGCUCGCGACGGCAGCGCCUCGUGAACCCGUUGCCCACGACGCCCGUCGCGCGACAGGCGGCGUCGGCCACUGACCCUAAGACGACGGGCGACCCCACGCGCUACAAGCGGUGGCUCACGUGCUUUCUCGCGUCGACCGUCGCGUGGAUUGCGCUCUUCCUGUGGUCCAGUGGCCCCUCAAGUGCAGUGACGCUGUCGGGUGCGGCGGCGGCCACCCGACACCCCCUUACCACGCGCCCGCGCGUCGUCUUUAGCUUCACGACGACGUCGGACGGCAUUGCGCAGAUCCGCCCGACGCUCGCGGGCCUCGUGCACCAGACCGACGCGUUCGCCGUCGUGUACGUCGUGAUCCCGCGGACGUACCGCAACGCCGUCGUGGCGAUCCCCACGUGGCUGCUCGCGCCCGACACGACACUCACGCGGGCGCACGUUCACGGCGUCUCGUUCGCCACGGGGCCGAGCGCGUACCACCCGACCGUGCGCCUCGUGGUGCUCGACACGGACUUUGGCCCGGCAAGCAAAGUGCUGGGCGCGCUCUUGAUGGAGCCCGAGCCCGAGACGGUGCUCGUCUACGGCGACGACGACCGCGUGUACCCGCCGCAGCUCGCGGAGCGCGUGCAGCACUACACGCAAAAGUACCCGCACGACGCGAUUGCGGUGCUGGGCGGGUGGAUCUCGGCCGAAGACGGGCUCUACUGCGGCCGGAGCCUCGCGAUUGGCGUCAAUCAGGUGUCGUUCGUUGGCGGGGCCGGGGGCGUCGCCGUCAAGCGAAAGUUCUUUGGGAUGGGCGACGCGACGGCAGCCGCGUUCCACGUGGCCAACAUGUCGCGCGCGUGUUUCCUCGGCGACGACUACUACUUGUCGCACUUGCUGAGCCGCCGCCACGUGCGGCGACGCCUCGUGUUCGAUAGCUGCUGGAACAUGGAGACCGUGCGCGAGUCGUUUGCGAACGGCGGACUCUCGCGGGCGCCGUCGCGGCACGCGGGCGGCGCGAACGUCGAGCACUACCAGCAAUGCAUCCGCGAGUUGGGCGACGACCACGACCUGUCUCGGGACGGCGAGUUUGGCGCGAGUUACAUGUUUGUCUUUUCGCGCGUGUGGGGUCUCGUGCGCGGCGUGUGGAAUCUGCACGCGGGCAGUGGCUUCGUCACGUGUUGA